AUGAGCGUCGCAGAACAAGUAAUCGAAGCCGCAGCACCAUCAACAGCCUCACCACCCUUCAUCCACGUCGACGGCGUCCCCAACUUCCGGGACAUAGGCGGCUACCGCAUCACAGACUUCUCCUCCACACGACGAAACUUCGUGUAUCGCUCAGCACUCCUAACACGCAUCACACCCACAGGCCUACAGACACUCACACAAGAACUAAAAAUCACAACCGUCUACGACCUCCGCUCCAACGCCGAGCUGCGCAAGGACCCCAUCACAUCCAGCCCAUUAGACAACCAUGAAGCAAUAACGGUCAUUCACACCCCCGUCUUCCCCGAGCGAGACUCAAGCCCCGAACAACUCGCAAAGAGGUUUGCGAAUUACAUGUCCGACAACGGGUCCGAAGGGUUUGUAGCUGCGUACGCGGAGAUUCUGCGUGAUGGCGUUGAUGCUUACAGGAAAGUGUUUGAGCAUGUGCGUGAUCGGCCCCAGGAUGCAUUUUUGGUUCAUUGUACCGGUGGGAAGGAUAGGACUGGUGUGCUUGUAGCGCUCAUGUUUCUCGUUGCGGGCGUCAGGGAUCGGGAUCUCAUUGCAGAUGAGUACUCGUUGACUGAGAAAGGGUUUGAUGGUAGCGUCAAAGCCCGUUUGGCGGAGAAGAUUAUCAAGGAUUUGGGUGUGGAUAAGGCGAAUAGGGCGGGUAUUGAGAGGCUGCUGUCGGCGAGGAAGGAAAAUAUGAGUGCUACGCUGGAGUAUAUUGAUAGACAGUUUGGUGGGGCGGAGGGUUAUUUGAAGGAUCAGCUGGGGUUUGGGGAUGAAGAUGUUGAGCGGAUUAGGAAGAGUCUUGUGGUGGAGGAUAGGGGUCUAUUUUAG